AUGCAGUUCCUCCUCUCAGCUUGGGCAUUUGCCCAAACUGUAUUCGACUUCACGCUCAUCUCCAACUAUGACUCCAGCAUGUCACUCACUUCAACCAGGCAUGCACAUGGCCUGAGACAAUCCAGAGCGCGUGCAGCUGCCUCCGACGUCGCCAUGCGCGCUUUCAAAGCCGAAGCCCUCGCAAGCAACGCGAGCUUCCUGCAGAGGCUCGACCCCGACGGGUGUCGCCACGUCUCCCACAACUUCCUCAACUUCCAGACCUACCCCGGCUACGACAACUCAAUCGGAGUGAGCGGGGCUGGUCCAAACGGGUACAGGAUGUUCAGUUCAACAUCCGAUAUCAACGACCCCAACACGGAGAGUCGGCUUCGCUACGAUUUCGUUUUCAAUGACGGUAGCGCUCCCUACACGAGCAUCUGGAUUACCAUGCGCGGAGCCCCAGAUAGCGGUAAAAACUCCAACGUCGUCCUCCGCGAAGGGCUCUGCGUCGUCGGUCCCCUCGACCCCAACGGCAGCCACUACCACGACUGCGACGAGAUCGACAUCGCAGAGAUCUACGGUGGCGGGAACAACCAAGCCGAAUUCACAUUCUACACCGGCUCUGGCUCGUACAUCCCUGGCAAGCCACCCCAGCGCCAGGGCGGCGGGGUGUACACCGACACCACCAAUGGCGCGGCUGGCCAACAGUUUUACGAAUACCAGCUGUAUUUGGAACAGGGAAAGUACCUUACGUUCACUAUUGCGGAUGUGAAGACUGGGCAGACGAUUGGGAAGCGGGAUUAUGGGCCUCCAGGUAUCCCAUCGAAGCCGUUGAACUUUUUCAUGGGGGAGUACAAUUUUCGAGGAUUCGAGACCUACAUGUCACGCACUCUCCAAACGACUGUGUCCAAACUCCACCCCGUUGUUUAUGAGUUCCUCCUGCAUGCGUGUAUAUGUUGCCGAGAAGCUGUUGCAAUUUCUACUGACCAAAAUUCGUGUGGUGUCUGUCCCCCUCAAACCACGACAUAUCCGGCAUUGGUUUUGAAUGAAGAAUGGAGUUAUGCCACUUGUACUCCGUCACCUCUCGAACCUUGGCAAGUUGGAGGCUCUUUCGAUGUUCAGGUUGCAGCGCUAGCACCCCAUUACACCAACCUCUACGAACCUCCACACACUUUCCCUCCUCGAUCGCUCGCCUAG